AUGAUGGCUAGUCACAAGAGUCUGCUUUUCCACCAUAUUUUCCUGUCUGUCAUCUUUUUGUGCUACGGCAAGGACCUUUACUUCAAUGACAAUGGAAACCUUAUACUCCCCGGGUCCUACAACAUUCCAUGGAUGGCAGGCAUUGAGGAUUUCCGCACCCUGUCUCUCCUCACCAUCCCUGGUACACAUAACAGCAUGGCCUUCUAUGGUGGCCCAGAGACCGAAUGCCAGGUUUUGUCCCUGAAGGAUCAGCUGAGGGCUGGCAUUCGUUUUCUGGAUCUCAAAGUGUUCGGGCUGUUUGACACCCUCUAUGUUAUGAAUGGGGUGAUGUACCAGCGUAGCACGUUCAGGGAGGUCCUAGACACAGUUAAAGAAUUUCUGAAAGAGUAUAAGACUGAGGCUGUGCUCAUAAGAGUGGAACCAGAGUUUUUUGAGAAGACAUCAGUCAAUGAAAUGGUGCAGACUCUGAUUGGCGAUGACGAACAUGUCUGGGUGACCUCUGGUAUGCCAAACAUGGGCCAGAUCAGGGGGAAAAUAGUCUUUUUGCAGAAGAGCACCUUCACACUGGGAAUUCCCCUCGUGAACACAGAUGGGAAAGGCACAAAUGAGGUUAGCGACCUUCAAGAUAAAGACAACAGAAUAAUCAAACAGCUGAGCCAAGCCACUGAAGCCUGUGGAGGGGAUAAUGCUAUUCUGACUUACACUAGCGGCACUGGCUUAGGUACUUUCUGGGGAAUGUUACUGACUCCAAAAACAGUGGCUGAACAGGUAGACCCAUGGCUCAAUCAAUACCUGAGACAGUUUUACCCCAAUCAGCCCAGACCAUGCUUUGGUAUCAUUGCCAUGGACUUCCCUGGCAUCGACCUCAUUCAAACUGUUAUCAACAUGAACUUGUCUUAA